UGCUACGCCACGAUAAACGUCAUCGAAGCAAAAUUACAGAGCGCGGGUACUUUGGAAAAUGGGAAAAAUGGACGAACCAGCAGAGAAAAUUGUGGCAUCAGAUUCUCUGAAGCUGUACGAGGCGCAGUUCUUUGGCUUCACUCCUCAGACGUGCAUGCUGAGGAUCUACAGUGCCUUUCACGACAGCCUGUACGAGCUCAUGCUGGUGGUGGAGUCCGUGUUCAAGCGCAAGCUCAGCCCUGCGGGGCAGGAGCCCUCCGAGGAGCUGUGUGUCAAGAUGCAGGAAUGCAGCCAAAAGCUGCUCCAGUUCCUGCAGGAGCGCUUUGAGCUGCUGUCCAGUCGCAUGGAGACGCUCCUGGUGGACAGCAUCCUCUCCGUGCCCCCCAACGUCCUGCUGCCGGAGGACGAGUCCCACAGGAAGUACCCACAGGGGCCGGAGGAGCUGAUGAGGAUGGAGCGGUCGCUGGCAGAGCUCCACCAGGCCUAUCAGGCAGAGGUGUGUGCCAAGCAGGCCCUGCUGGCAGAGCUGGGAGAGCAGAAGGAGGUGCAGGAGCACCUGGGCGGCAUCCUGAGCUGGGUGGGAGAGCUGCGCACCUGUGGCAGACAAGAGGGUCUUGUCCAGGACAACUUCGCCCCGCUCGUGGAGAUGGUGAGGCACCUGCAAGAUGUCAAGGCCAAGAUCCUGAAGAAGAGUAGAGAUCUCGACGAACUCUGAUACUGUUCUCAGUGAAGAUACUGUAUAUUUUAUGUAAAUACUGCCAGAAAACUGUGUAGCCUACUAAGCCUGUCUUGUCAGAUUUUGAUCUGGAAAUGGAAAUAUAGUCUAAAUGCAGCUUGGCUGAUUUCACUUUAAAAAAAAAACAAAAAACGUUUAAACAGUCACAUGACAUUAAAAAAUAAAAGUAGACUGUACAACAUUAUCGUGUAAAUGUCAAAAUCAUUAAUCAAUAGCCUUAAUAUUCAAUUACAGUAACCAAGAAUGCAAUGUUGCUUGUAUGAGACAAAAUGAUGAACGGACAAAAAGAGUGUUAUUUUCGAUACAAACUUUCCCCUCCCACCUGAAAACUGGUCAAACUGUUUUAUCAUAUUUGCAUAAUUUGCAAUGGAAAUAACUGUUUAUUGUUCUUAACAAACCCCUUUUCCCAGCAAACUUAAUGACAUCAAUAAACAUUACAUUAACACUAAACAUUGCUGUUUAAAUGUACAUGUAAUCGUAUUAUCUUUACCAAUAUUAUAAUAUAAAAGCAAAAUAUAACAAGAUAUUAACUAUAACCGUAAACAUAUGCACACAUGUAAUAACUCUGUGUGAGUUACAAUUUUUCUCGAUCGCUUAUGCUUGCGUCAACUCACAUUGUCAAAACAGUCAACACACGUGUGUCUAAACAGAAUCACUCACACCAAAAUGACAUUUUGCUUGCUAAAGACUAACGCUCUCAAAACAUUUAAAACAAGCAAUAAAAGCUUUUGCCUUCAAAUAACGCAAGUUGUAGUGAAAUUACUUUUCACUUUCAAUCAAUCAUUACACACUGCAAAACAGAAUGAGGAGUUUCAGCCUUCAUUUUUGUUAUGUCUGUACAAUAAAAAUUAUGUUAUACAUUCCUCCCAAGAUGUACCAUUGACAUGUAAGACCUAGGGUAAGCACUUUCUGUAGACAAGACCAAUUUAAUUG